CAGCGCGUUGCUAAGGGCGCGUUUGGACGGAUAAUCGGUGAUUUCAGAUCACUCUUCUCGUGAACAGCAUCAUGUCUGACAUUGCAAAAGAUAAGGCAGCCCGUUUACUGAAAAAGAGAGGCAGUUUGUCAUCACUGAGCAGCCAUGGCCUCAUUACAAAGGGGAAAGUAGAGAAACAAAAGGACUACAUGAGUACUGUGUCCUAUAUGGAUGAUCCAGGCCAUUUUGAUGACAUUCCACGGCCUGCACAACAGAUGGAAAACACAUACCAGUUGGAACCUUCAAAACAUUUUCCAGACCUCACUGUGAACAAUAUUCUCAAAGAUGUCCUAACAAGCUACUUGCAAGAGGAAAAAUAUGAACCUGAACUCUGCAGACAAAUGACCAAGACUAUCUCUGAGGUUAUAAAGGCUCAAGUAAAGGAUCUCAUGAUUCCACGAUACAAGAUUAUUGUUUUAAUCCACAUUGGACAGCUGAAUGGACAGAGCAUGCGGAUUGGUAGUCGAUUUCUCUGGAACACCAAUACAGACACGUUUUCUUCCUUCUCUUUCUGUAAUCGAUCUCUUUUUGCUGUUGCUAAUGUUUAUGGAGUGUACUUUGAGUGA